AUGGCUGAAAAGCGCAGACUUCCGCCGCGUGACCGACGGGAAUCGGCGGCCAAAAGACGUGUGUCCGAAGCCGCGCCUCAGUCAACCAAGAAAAAGGCACCAACUCCUCGCGCCCCAUCCCCGCUAGAACCUGUGGAUGCGCCUUUACCUACCAGCCUCAAGGAUGUUGAGGGUUUACCUGUUCUUCGCGCGCGACAACCGCUGACUCUGUCCGACAAGGAGUACCAAUCAAUCGCCGAAAGCGGAGUCCUUCUGGCCGCACUCGAACGAUCUAAAAAGAAAUGGCUUAGCGACGGCAUUCUCGUUCGAUACUUCACGAAGCCCAAGAAGACGAAGCGUGAGCAAAUUGAAAGGAACAACCCGCCAAAGGAUAGCAUGACGAAAGUUGGCCCUUGCGACAUCACCAUUGGUCCUCAUUUUUUCGAUGCCAUGAUUUACACUGUCAAAGAUCCCAAUGCUCCACCAUCUCUGCAAUAUGCGUCCCCGCAAAGACCAAUGGUGCAUUAUGGCCACCCCAACAACUUCCAACAAUACCGCCCGUACCCUUCCCCAUCCAAUCCUCAGCGGCCGAAUCAAUAUUCACCCGCCCCUGCAGGCCGUCCUGGUUACUCUGGAAGUCAUCCUCCGGCCCAGCAACCCCGCGGCCCGAAUCAAGGCAAUGCCCCGUCCCCUCAAGGUGGACAAAGGCCACAACAGGGACAAAAGGGACCCAAUGGCCAGCCUGCCAAGCCGAGCCCCGACCCUGUGAUUCAGAUGCUGGCUACGAGAGCUGCAGCAGAUCCCGAGCUGAAGGCAUUGAUGCGUGUGGUUGCCUCGAGCCAGGCAUCCCAAGAACAACUUCGAGCUUUCCAGGCACACAUUGACGAACUGAACGCCAUCAUCAAAUCGAGGGAGCAACAAGAGCAACGUCAGCAGGCUUCCGCGACACCCACUCAACCGCAGCAAAGUCCCCAACGAGCAACUCCAGCUCCACAAGCCCAAUCCACACCACAACCUCAGCCUCAGUCAAAACAGGAUGGCGAGGCAAAGUCAACCUCCAAGGAGCAGCCUGCAACUCAGACAAAAACACCGGCUGAGCAGCCACCUGCUCAGACCGAAGCACAACCUCAUCCCCCUGCGGCCUCCGCAGAAAAGCCAGCUAAUCCUCAAAAUUCCACUGGGCCGGCGAUGAUCAAGCAAGAAUCAACAACUCUGACCAACAAAGAUUCCCAGGCUGCGUCAACUUCGUCCACAGGUGGUGGCAAUGCAAGCACCCCAGCUCCUGCUUCCACUCCGGGUCAGCAGCAAAGCGCUGCAGUAAAUCCCACUCCACCGCCAGCCAGUCGUCCGCAGUCAGCAGCACGGCCAGGACCCCCAUACCCUCCAUACCCACAACCAGCCUAUGGAUCACAAACUCCGAUCCAAUCUCGCCCGCCUCAAUUUGGCACACCCAAUUCCUUCUACCGUUCUCCGGUGGCUCCGCUGCCUCCCCCGCGCGUGGGCUACAAAGCUGUGGUUUUCGAAUUCACAUCCCCCUUAACACCAUACGGAAAUGCUACUUCAGGCCACGCUGGCUCAGGUGACCGUUAUCUGUUCCCUGAACACACGAUUCUCGAAUGGCUCCCAGACGAAAACACAGUCAUUGCAUCAUUCUUAGUAGUACGGAAGGUUGAUCCAAACACACCAUUCCCUCUUGAAUCAUCCACAGAGGCCGCCAACUCCCGUAGCAAAGGAAAGAGCGCACCAAAAACCAAGAAGGGCGAGCCGAAGGGCAAGGCCGUGAAGGGAUCAGACUCAGCCGGCCCCCAAACCCCGAACCAAUCAGCCGGGACGCCACGAAAACAGGAACCAACGGAUUCCGCAAUGCCAGAGGCAUCCGGUACUCCUAUCAACGAGGCAAACCUCAAGGAAUACUGGCAACCAGUCACAUUCCGCAUCCACUCCCCAAGCACAACAAUCCUCGAACCACUCGCUCGAGUUGUCAAGCCAGCAGACGAAGUCCGCAAAUACAUGAAUGAAAUCAUGGACCGCGCCGAGCGUGCCCCAGACGGCUUCCUGGCCAUGCGUUUACCUCGCGAGGAAUCCCACGAGCCAUUUGAAUCAGAGGGAACGCCCGCCUCAAACAUUGGAACCCGCAGCCGUCUUUCCCGUGUCCAGCUUGCUGAUGAAGAGUCGGAGGUUGAGACUUCUGCAUUCGAAUUUGAGGAGGAAGAUGAAGAUGAGUUGAAGGACUUCUAUGAUGCGCCGUAUGGAUUACCACCGUUGAAGACGUGA